AUGAACAACUCAUUUGGAAAUAUAAAAAAUUUAACAAUAAACAUUCCUAAUUUGACAACGAUAGGAAAAGAUUCAUUUCAUCAAUCAAAUAUUCGGUAUAUAUCUAUUCCGUCAACUGUUACUUUAAUUGAUGAUUAUGCAUUUAAUUAUUCAACAAUUGAGACAAUAGAAUUUCAAGAAAAUUCAAACUUGAAAAAAAUAGGAGCAUAUGCAUUUAAUUAUUGCAAAAUUAAAUCAAUCACAAUACCACCAUCACUCGAAAUAAUUGAUGAAUACGCUUUUUAUAAUUCACAAAUAGAAACAAUCGAAAUUCCUUCAUCUGUAAAUUAUAUUGGAAACUAUGCAUUUUACAAUUGCUAUAAUCUUAUUGAAUUUACAUUACAUUAUGAUUCACAUUUAACAAUUAUAAGCAACCAUAUGUUAUAUAAUUCGAAAAUCUCAUCAAUUUUAAUUCCAUCAUCAGUUAUUAAAAUUGAAGAAAAUGCAUUUUCUGGAUGUUCACAUCUUCGAGAUGUUAAAAUAACAGAUGAUUCACAAUUAACAAUUAUUGAAGAUGAAGCAUUCAAAUAUACUAGCAUAACCAAUUUCACAAUUCCAAGUUCAUUAAUUGAAAUUCAUGAUUUGGUAUUUUAUGAAUGCAAAAAUCUUGAGAAUAUAACAUUUGCAUCUAAUACUCAAUUAAGAAAAUUGAGUCCAAAUGCAUUCAUCAAAACAAAAAUCAUCGAAUUCAAUGUUCCAUCAUCACUUACUACUUUUGAAGUUGAUAACAUUCCAGAAAUUUAUUUUCUAUAUUAUUAUAAAAAUAAACCUAAUUAUAUAUUUCCGGAAGAUUGUCAUAUUGAAAUCAUUGGAAAAUAUUCUUUUUAUAAUAUUGAAAUUGAAUCAAUUACUCUUCCAUCAUCAGUUCAAACAAUCGGCAUUUAUGCAUUUUCACAAACAAAUAUCUCAUCAAUCAUUAUUCCUACAUCAGUUCGAAGCAUCAGAAAUCAUGCAUUUUACAACUGUAAAGCGCUUCAAAAUAUCGUAUUUCAAUCUAACAGUCAAAUUGAAGUUAUCGAAAAUGAUGCAUUCACAGGAACAUCUAUUACUAGAUUUAUAAUCCCCAAUACAAUGAAAAAUUUCAAUUGUAAUAUGAUUAACAAUAGCAAUGCGAUCGAAUUUGAAAUUGAUUCGGAUAACGAAUAUUUGACAAUUGUUAAUUCUAUCAUUUAUUCUAAAGACUAUAAAGAAGUAUUUUAUUUCCAUUCAAAAAAGGAAGAAUUUUUCAUUAAUGAAAGUGUUGAAAUCAUUGGUUCCUAUUCAUAUUACGAAUGUCCAAUGACAUCCAUCACAAUCCCAUCAAAAGUUACAUUAAUCAAAUCAUAUGCAUUUUUAAACUGUACUAAUCUUCAAAAUGUUGUAUUUUCCCAUUUAUCUCAACUCAAAAAUAUUGAGACAGAAGCAUUUGAAAAUUCGUCAUUAACUGAUAUAUCUUUACCAGACUCAGUAACUUUUGUUGAUAUAGAUUCAUUUCGAAGUACCACAAUAAUUCAUCUUUCCGAAAAUAGUAAAUUUUCUAAUAUUGAUUCUUAUACUAAAUCAUUCGAAACAAUAAUGAUUCCUUUAAACAUAACUGAAAUCCCAGAGAAAAGAUUUUAUGAAUAUAGUACCAUAAAACAAGUUUACUUUGCAGAUAAUUGUAAUCUUAAAGUUAUAGGAAGCUAUUCAUUUUAUCGAUCUAAUAUAUCAAGCAUCGCGAUUCCAAAAUCAGUUGAGAUAAUUUCUUCAUAUGCUUUUUGUGAUUGUACAAAUUUAACGAAAUUGGUUUUUGAUCCCGAAUGUAACUUAAAAUCUAUAGGAUCAUAUGCAUUUAGCGAUACUAAUCUUGAAAAUAUUGAAUUUCCCGCACAAAAUUAUGUCAUUCAAGAUAAUGCAUUUUCAAACAUAAAAUCAUUCAAAAAUAUUACAUUUAUCUCAGGAGAGUUCAAACCUUAUUUAUAUUCCCAAUGUUUUUCUUCAUGCUCAUUUAAUUAUUUGAGUAUUGAAUCGAUGAUUACAAAUAUUGAUGUAGAUUCAUUUUCCAAUUGUGAAAUUAAUCAUUUGAAUACAAGUGAAUUCAUACUAAUCAAUGAUGAAAUAAAAAUUGGUUUAGAUGGAAAUUUCACAAAAAAUUUUACCAUUCCAAUGUCUGCUAAUUAUAUUCAAAUUUCACCAAAUUCUUUUAGUAAUACUCAUGAUUUGAGAUUGAAUUUUGAAGGAUCUAGCAUUAAAAUUGAAAACACAGUAUUUCAUCGUUUCAGGUUCAAUUUUAAGCAAAAAUUUAGAUUUCUUAGGGGAAGUUUUUGGGAUUACAUUCUCGGAGGAUAUUAUCCAUAUAUUGAAGAUAAUUAUUUAGUUUUAGCUUUUAAUUUUUUGAUUGAUCUCAGAGAAAGAGUUAUGCUAGAUUAUUACGGAGAUGACGAAUUUUUAUUAGUUCCAAGAGAUGUUUUUAUAGUUGCACCCCAUGCAUUUGAAAAUAUAAAUACAAAAAUAAUUUACUUUGAAAAUUAUAUUAAUGUGAUUCAACAAAAUGCAUUCUAUAAUUGCCCAGAAUUAAUAAUGAUUUAUAUUCCUGAAAAUUCUCAUUUAGAAUAUAUAUCAGAAGGAGCAUUUGUAAAUUGUCCAAAGUUGAAAUAUAUAUCAGAUUUUUCAUCCGAGAAAUACAAAUGUAUUAGUAAUACAAUAUAUCGAAUUGAAGAUGAAGAAAACUAUGAGACCAUCAUUGUACAUGCACCAAUGUCAAGAGAUACACAUUUCGAAAUCAACAGUCGAAUCAUUGGUGAAUCAUCAUUCAUGAAUUCAUACAAUCUUGAAACAGUCUUUAUCAACAGCAACACAGUUCGAACAAUCAAUCGAUAUGCAUUUUUCAACUGCACUAAUCUUAAACGGAUCAACUUCCCUCUUUGUGUCUCAUCUGUUUAUGAGUUCUCGUUCGAACAAUGUUAUUCACUUGAAGAAUGUCUUGAUAUUGAAAAUCAUCUUCAUUCGUUCAUUAUCAUUCUCAGACGCUCAGGUCUUCCAUAUCACUGCAUUCGUUGCAUCAAUAUUAUUGAUGACCAAACACUUAUUAUUCCCAUAUCACAUCUCAAAACCAAAAUCUCACUCAUUUCUCUUUUGCAAUGUCGUAAAUAA